AUGAGUUCUCUUCAUCAGUUUUUUGUGCAGGUUGGGCAGAGGGACAAGGUCUUGGCAUCGCUGCAAACCUCAACGACAAAAACAUUGGAGGUUAGCGAGAUAUGGCAAAGUGAGGCUGAUCCCAAGAAGCUUCGGACCGUACAUCGGACGGUCUCGCAACCUGCCAUAUCUAAAUGGUUACUUGAGACUCGAAACGAUGGGGCAAGUUCUCGAGACGACAAGUGUCUUCUGCGCAUCGUGUGGGUCACGAAGUAUAAGGUCCACGAUGUGGCACCCGCAGCUAUUGCUGAAGUUGCGAAAGCUUUUGAGUUGGAGUUGGCUCAAGAGUACGCUGCGCUGUGUAACAGAGGUGUGGGAAGUCUACCGGAAACCACGUGUGGUACGCGGUCAUAUUUCUUCUGUAACGGUCGAAAGAUUGCGCUCAGCUGGUCUCGGGAACGUGGCUCGAUGACCAAGAAUGCCAUAUGCAUUGCCGAAGGGUUGAAGAUCCAAACAAUGCGAGAGUCUCUUGACUACGGUUUCGUUCAAGACCAAGCUUCUGACGAAAUGGUAGUUGGGCUUCUCAGUGCUGUCUUGCUAAGUAGGGAGAUUGACACAACACUAAAGGCUCUGAAGCAGAAGAUCAGGGAGGUCGAGAUUCGUACCGGUUACCACGAGUGGCAGACCCGCAGUGCGAAUCCCGCCUUGGGUGAUCUUGAGAGCCUUUCGGCAAAGAUGAUUGGAUGUGAGACCAGAAAUGCCACAAUGAUCAGAAAGAUGGAGGUGCUUCGCCAAUUGAUCGCCUUCAUUUCUCAGCAACUUGUUGAGACUCGAGAUAGCGGUUGCCACGACGGCAGCGUUCAACGGCAGCUCGAGUUGAAUCUGGAGAUACUUGUUCGUACCACGAACAUCCAUCACCUAGACGCGAACGUUUGUGCGGUACGAACAAAAGCGCAGUUGACGGCGUUAUUCCACAUCAUCGCCCAGAACGAUGUCGUACUCAGCCAUGAGAUUUCAAAAGACUCUCGACUCCUGGCUUUAGCCGCCCAAAGAGACUCGUCCAGUAUGAAGUGCCUCGCAGUCGUGGCAAUGUUUUUCCUUCCUGGAACAUUCGUGUCCUCGCUGUUUGCAAUGCCACUCUUCGAUUGGCAGGAACCGAACCUGGAGAUAUGGCAAAGUCGAGCGAUAUGGGGCCCAAGGCUGAUGACGUUUGCUACCGUGACAAUCCCGCUCAUGCUUUUAACUUUCGCUGUGUGGGGAUUCUGGAUUUUUAAGCAGGGAAUGCAAAGACGCAGGCAGCGGAAGGAGGCUGAUGUUCAUUUGAGAGGAACUCUGAAACACACAGAGCUCAUGAGACUGGGUGAGCUGAGGAUGUCGAGUUCGUCCUCCUCGAUCCUUCUAGACAGCUGA